AUGCUGUUAGUCACGGAGCUUCUGAACCCAUCUGGUGUCCUACGACUGGUGGCCUAUGGAUUUAGUGCUCUGGUAGCAUUGGUUGUCCUCAAUAUCUGCCGCCAAGUUCUGCUUCCUCGCAGGGAAUCCGAGCCGCCUACUGUCUUCCAUUGGAUCCCGUACAUUGGCAAUGCUGUCUCGUAUGGUAUGGACCCUGUUGCAUUCUUCGUCAAGUAUCGUGCCAAGUAUGGCGACGUCUUCACUUUUACACUCUUUGGCAGAAGCAUCACUUGUUGCUUGGGCAUUCAGGGCAAUGAAUUUGUUCUUAACGGCAAGCUCCAAGACGUCAAUGCGGAAGAAAUCUAUGGUCCACUCACGAUCCCCGUCUUUGGUAGCGACGUCGUCUAUGAUUGCCCCAACUCAAAGCUCAUGGAACAGAAGAAGUUUGUCAAAUUUGGAUUGACUCAAAAGGCUCUUGAGGCACAUGUUCCAUUGAUUGAAAAGGAAGUACAAGAUUAUAUCAAAGCGACUCCUGCCUGGAAGGGCUCGUCCGGCGUUGUCGACAUCUCUGCCGCCAUGUCUGAGAUUACCUUGUUCACGGCGGCGAGAUCGUUACAAGGCAUGGAAGUCCGGCACAAACUGACGGCCGAUUUUGCUAAACUUUAUCAUGAUUUGGACAUGGGCUUUUCUCCGAUCAACUUCCUCUUCCCUGGAUUACCCUUACCUCGAAAUCGCCGCCGAGACGCCGCCCACGUCAAGAUGCGUGAAGUAUACAUGGAGAUUAUCAAUCAGCGCCGUGAACACCCUGACGAUGCCGAAUCCGAGCAGGACAUGAUCUGGAACCUCAUGAACUCGGUGUACAAGGAUGGAACACCUGUCCCAGAUAAAGAGAUUGCGCACAUGAUGAUUACUCUCCUGAUGGGUGGUCAACAUUCAUCCUCAUCUGCUAGCUCAUGGAUCAUGCUCCGUCUAGCGGCACACCCAGACAUUGCCGAGGAGUUAUUCCAAGAGCAAGUACAAAAUCUCGGACAAGGUAGCACAGACCUCCCGCCUUUGCAGUACUCCGACCUCGAUAAACUUCCCCUAUUGCACAACGUCGUCAAGGAGACACUCCGCUUACACGGCUCAAUCCACUCGAUCCUGCGCAAAGUCAAGAACGUGCUUCCUGUGACCGGUACUCCUUAUGUCGUUGGCACGGACAAGGUUCUGUUAUCGUCGCCAAUGGUGACAGCCAUGAGUGAUGAGUUCUUCAUCGAUGCUAAAAGCUGGAACCCACACCGCUGGGACGAGGCAAGGAAUGGAGACGAUGAGAAAGGUGAAGUCGUCGACUAUGGCUAUGGCGCCGUCAUGACGGGGACAAAGAGCCCUUACCUUCCCUUUGGUGCUGGCCGCCACCGCUGCAUUGGUGAAAAGUUUGCAUAUUUAAACCUCGGUGUCAUUGUAGCCGUCAUUAUUCGCAACUAUAAGCUUUCGACACUGGACGGACGCGUCGGCAUUGUUCCUCCGACUGACAAUACCUCCAUGUUCGCGCGCCCUCAGCAACCUGCAAUGAUCCGCUGGAGCCGACGGGAAUAUGACUGA